UCGUUCAGUUGUAUUUAAGAAGGCCACGUAUUGACUGACGAGCCAAAACCGCGGCACUGUCUCAAGCGGCCGGCCGUAGCUCUUGUUCCUAUCAAAGCUUAAACCGAACAAAUGUUAUAUAUUUAAUUUCGCACAAAACCAACUAAAGUAGAUCACGAUGCCUGCCGAUUCAGAUCUUAUAGUCGCCGAGAGAGAGGACUUGGGAAUUGAUAGAACCCUCUACAAGUCACUCUCAGAGAGAUCUAAGCAUGAAGAUUUUAUCAGGCGGGCAGUGGAUUUGCUGGUUGAAAGGGUAGUGUUCGGGAGGUCCCUGAGGACUUCUAAGGUGGUGGAAUGGGCUGUACCGUCGGAGAUCAAGAAAGCCAUCGACUUGAAACCUAGAGAUGGGCCCAUUUCUCACGAUGCACUUUUGGGACUCAUGGCUGAUGUGGCCCGAUAUUCCGUGAACACAGCCCAUCCGUAUUUCGUAAAUCAGUUGUAUUCAUCCGUGGACCCGUAUGGCUUGGUCGGACAAUGGCUGACAGAUGCCCUCAAUCCAAGCGUGUAUACCUAUGAAGUUGCACCAGUUUUUACUCUAAUGGAGGAAGAAGUGCUAAAAGAGAUGAGGGUACUCGUUGGAUGGAAAGACGGAGAAGGUGAUGGUAUAUUUUGCCCGGGUGGUUCCAUUGCCAACGGUUAUGCCAUCAGCUGCGCUAGAUUCCAUUUCUAUCCUGAAAUAAAGACAAAAGGCGUAUACGCUGUACCGAAACUGACGCUAUACACAUCGGAGCUAGCACAUUACUCGACGAAAAAAUUGGCCGCAUUCAUGGGGAUAGGAGAUGAAAACUGCGUUUUAAUAAAAACCGAUAAAUACGGUAAAAUCGAUGUUGAAGAUUUAGAGGCUAAAAUUGUGGAGGGCAUCGAGGAGGGCGCUGCUCCAUUCCUCGUCACAGCCACCGCUGGUACCACAGUCUUUGGUGCUUUCGACCCAUUAGUCCCCAUAGCGGCGCUCUGCAAGAAAUACAAUCUCUGGCUUCAUGUUGACGCCGCUUGGGGUGGUGGAGCCUUAAUGUCGAAGAAACAUAGGCAUCUGUUGAAUGGAAUUGAAUUGGCGGAUUCAGUCACGUGGAAUCCCCACAAGCUACUGGCUGCUCCUCAACAAUGCUCCACGUUCCUAAUUAGACACAAGAACGUUCUCAAGGAAGGACACUCGUGCAAUGCGAAGUACCUCUUCCAGAAGGACAAAUUCUACGACACAUCAUACGAUACGGGGGACAAACAUAUCCAGUGCGGUCGACGGGCGGAUGUCCUCAAAUUCUGGUUCAUGUGGAAGGCCAAAGGCUCGGACGGCUUCGAGAACCACAUCGAUACGCUAUUCGAUAACGCGCGCUUCUUCUUGGAACAGAUUCGUAAUCGGGAAGGCUUCGAAUUGGUCAUUGAAAAACCGGAAUGCACGAACAUAAUGUUCUGGUACGUACCGCGUUGCCUUCGCGGCUGCGAAAACGAGUCGGACUACAGAGAAAGGCUCCACAAGGUUGCCCCUAAAAUUAAAGAAUUAAUGAUAAAGGAAGGAAGUAUGAUGGUAACUUAUCAGCCUCAAGGAGAUCUUGUGAAUUUCUUCCGUAUCGUGUUCCAAAAUUCGGCCCUCGAUCACAAGGAUAUGAUAUAUUUCGUAAACGAAUUCGAAAGGCUCGGCAGAGACAUAUUAGUCUAAGCUAAAUUUAUAUUAUUACAAAAAAUCUCGCAUCUGAAUAUCUGUGAUCGAAACGGCAAUAUUGUUUUUUUUUUUUUUUUAGUUUAAAAUUUGUUAUUGAAUUAAUGUAGAUUUAGUGUGAUUUGUUGAAAAACAAACUUAAUGAAA